AUGCACGAACGGCGAAGCAUGUUUGAAUACCGCGAUGAUACUUUCGAUAAUAAGAUCGAGGUUUAUCAUAUCCAGUGCUCCUCUUCUUUCAUCAACGGUACCAGUGGUUGUAUGUCGAUUUUCGAAGGUGGUGCAAACAACACGAUCGUGAAGAUGCCUAAGGACAUCGGAGCCGGUCUAUUUGCACGGGUUAUUAGCCUUGUUGCGAUGGGCUCUGCUGGCAAAUCCGCUCGUUCUAAUGUCUUACCACGCUCAAGCACCGAUACGUACGAGUUGACUGUUGACUACAACUUGGCCGCUGUAUCGCCGGAGAGACAGGGAGAUGUUAAUUUCCGAGUUGAUUACACUAAUCUCCUUGAAUACUGGAAGCAUAUCACCGACACCCCAUCCAGCAAGCGCAAGCGCUGGUUUAGUAGUUUUAGUAAUUGGUUGUCCAAGAUGACUACAAUUGUAAAGGAUGAUCAAGGGUCCCUUCCGAUGGAAUACGACGAAACCAUCAAGCUCUUCCACGCUGAGGGUCAUUGUCCUGAUCUCAAUAUCACCGCUACCGUGGAUCUUGACGCCAACAUCCAUUUGGGCCUCAAUUCCCAGUAUGGAUAUUACUUUGAGGGCGCUAUUCUCCCAUCCCCUUCUUUGAUUGCCGCUUAUGGUUACUUCUCAGUUGCGCCUAAAGCAGCGAUUCUCUUAACCCUUCGCGGGGAGGCUGUCUGGCAGUCAACUACCGGAACACAAUCAAUUAUCAGCGGCAUUACAUUCCCCGGUCUCUCCACCAAAGGUCUAAUCAGUAUUGGACCAGAGCUUGAGCUGACUGGCAAAAUGGAUGCGUCACUUAGUAUCUCUGGAGAGCUGAAUGCUGGCGUGGUCGCAUCGUGGCCCCGUGCCGAAGUGUACUUCCCUCAGGACGGCGGCGGCUCAGACGCGACUGUAAUGCCCAAGGACAUCGAUGGCAACGAUCCUCAGACUUUCAGUGUUGAACCUAUCUUCGAUGCCUCUCUAACGGCAGAGGGCAAUAUGGCUUUAACACUCACUCCGCAAGUCAAAUUUGGUAUCUCUGUACUGGGCGGAGACCUUAUGUCUGGAUAUGUGACUGCUGGCGUGGAAAACACUGUUUCAUUGGGCGUCAAUGCAUCUGCAUCUGUUUCUUACGACGGCACCCCGUCUGCGGGAUUCUGCUAUUGGGCUGAUUAUCUGUACUCUUUCUUUGUUUCUGCUGACGGCUCAUUCCUCAAUGAUCUUGCCUACUGGGGCAAUUCAUAUGAGGUGGCCUCCCCUGAUGACCCGAUUGUCUUGGCGGACAACACUUGCAUCACAUACUCGAACGACAGCCCUCUUGGCAAGCGGGACAGCGUGGAGAGUCUCGUUCCUAACGGCAGCGGUGCUGGCUGUUUUGGUGGACUGGUGGAAUGCUCAACAAUUGUGGGUGCGGGCAACUCCUCCUGUACAUUGAACAGCGACGGAGCCGGCUCGGGCACAGCAACCACCAAGCGUGCACCACAGUGCUACAACCUGCCUGCUCUCUUCUACAACUGCGAUCUGUUUGGUACAAGCUCUGUCGAGAACCGGAAUCAGGACACGCUGGCAUACUUUGCCUCAGCGUCUUUCAUUGGGAUCUGCGAUAACAUUCGGAACUAUCUCCAGAAGAACCCUGGCCUGAUUAAAGGAAACGGAAUGGAACUUACCUACCAGUCGGAUAAUGAACAGCCAAGUCCCAAUCGAGCGGUCGCAUGCAAAGCUAAAGCCAAGGACACACAGACGAUCAAUGGUGCGCGUGUUAUCGUUCCAGCACCGACCGAUUAUAAGAUAAUGCAGGGCUUUGACGAAAGUAUCUCGUGUGAUGAGUUUCCUUUCAAUGCGUCUGAGGAAGGAGGCUAUGGUGCGGAAGUCGCAUGUGUCAGUGCCCAUCAACAACAGUACCAAGGCGUAAUCAACAGUUUGAUUUCUCGCAUUCACGACACGAGAACCGGCACUGAAUUAAUCUGGAAUCGAUACGAUACUGUCACAGCCUGGCCCGGUCAACCACGCAAGUUCAGAAUCAAUCUUUCGUCCGGCAUGCACAACGGCCAUGAUCUGGCGUACGGGGGCGAGAUUAGCUCCUCGCCGUGGGACAUGGCUUAUAUCCUAGGCGGGCUGAACCUCUGGGGAAACCCAGACUUAUUUCUGACGGGUGAUAGCAACGCGGUGUGCUUGCUCGGGCUAAAAUUCAAUCCGCUGCUUGGUAUUCAGGAGCGCUCUGCGUAUGGAUGUGACGUUACAUUCGCGCCGCAGACGACUUUGUUCAAGAGGGCCCAGGAUCCCGAUGAUCCCAGCACCUGGGUGGUUGAGAGUGUGCGAGUCUCCGACGAGUCCCUGAAGAAUCCAAUCCCGCUCUUUACGGACGAUGGAACGGGUUAUCUAGACCAUGCAACGCGCAGUCUUGAGGACAUGAUGGAGAGGUUGGAGCUCAUGGCCAAUCAAGAAAAGGAACCAAUGGUCACGGCUGCGCCGCACGCUGAUCAUUUGCGAAGACACAAAGAGUCUCGCCAUCAUCACCACUGA